UUUGGAUUUCAUCGGUUGGCGGUGGUUGAUCCGCUGUUUGGAAUGCAGCCAAUUCGACUGAAGAGAUACCCUUAUUUGUGGCUCUGUUACAAUGGUGAAAUCUACAACCAUAAGGAGGUAAACAAUAUGAGACCAGAAGAUAUCUGGAUGUGAUUAAACCUUGAACUGGUUGGUUAUAAUAGUAUGUAUUUUUAUAAUGCUUUUUACUUUUCAGAGCACUUUAUAUAUUCAUUAUCUCAUUAGCUCCAAUUGCAUAGAUAGGACACUGAUGCACCAAGAGGUGAAACAUCUCAGACAUAAAAAUAAGAUGCAAUGCCAGUUUGGAUUUGAUUACCAGACCAAAGUGGAUGGUGAGAUAAUCCUUCAUCUUUAUGACAAAGGUGGAAUUGAGCAGACAGUCUGUAUGUUGGAUGGGGUGUUUGCUUUUAUUUUACUGGAUACUGCUAAUAAGAAAGUUUUCCUGGGCAGAGAUACCUAUGGAGUCAGACCUUUGUUUAAAGCCAUGACGGAAGAUGGAUUUUUGGCUGUGUGUUCAGAAGCUAAAGGUCUUGUUAACUUGAGGCACUCCACGACUCCAUUUUUAAAAGUGGAGCCUUUUCUUCCGGGACACUACGAAGUUUUGGAUUUAAAGCCCAAUGGCAAAGUUGCAUCUGUGGAAAUGGUCAAAUAUCAUCACUGUAGAGAUGAACCUCUGCAUGCCCUCUAUGACAAUGUGGAGAAACUAUUCCCAGGUUUUGAGUUAGAAACUGUCAAGAGCAACCUCCGGAUCCUUUUUAACAAUGCUGUUAAGAAACGUUUGAUGACAGACAGAAGGAUUGGCUGCCUUUUAUCAGGGGGUUUGGAUUCCAGCCUGGUUGCUGCCACUCUGUUGAAGCAGCUAAAAGAGGCCCAAGUUCAGUACCCUCUCCAGACAUUUGCAAUCGGCAUGGAAGACAGCCCUGAUUUACAGGCUGCUAGAAAAGUAGCAAAUCAUAUUGGGAGUGAGCAUCAUGAGGUCCUCUUUAAUUCUGAGGAAGGAAUUCAGGCCCUGGAUGAAGUUAUAUUUUCCUUGGAAACUUAUGACAUUACAACAGUUCGUGCUUCAGUAGGUAUGUAUUUAAUUUCCAAGUACAUUAGGAAGAACACAGAUAGUGUGGUGAUCUUCUCUGGAGAAGGUUCAGAUGAACUUACACAGGGUUACAUAUAUUUUCACAAGGCUCCUUCUCCUGAAAAAGCUGAGCAAGAGAGUGAGAGGCUUCUGAAGGAACUCUAUUUAUUUGAUGUUCUCCGUGCAGAUCGAACUACUGCUGCCCAUGGCCUCGAACUGAGAGUCCCGUUCCUGGAUCAUCGAUUUUCUUCCUAUUACUUGUCUCUGCCACCAGAAAUGAGGAUUCCAAAGCAUGGGAUAGAAAAACAUCUCCUGAGAGAGACAUUUGAGGACUCUAACCUGAUACCUAAAGAGAUUCUCUGGCGACCGAAAGAAGCCUUCAGUGAUGGAAUAACCUCAGUUAAGAAUUCCUGGUUUAGGAUUUUACAGGACUAUGUUGAACAUCAGGUUGAUGAUACAAUGAUGGCAGCUGCCUCAGAAAAGUUUCCCUUCAAUACUCCUAAAACUAAAGAAGGUUAUUACUACCGCCAAAUCUUUGAACGCCACUACCCAGGCCGGGCUGACUGGCUGACCCAUUACUGGAUGCCCAAGUGGAUCAACGCCACUGACCCUUCUGCCCGCACGCUGACCCAUUAUAAGUCAGCUGCCAAAGCUUAGGCACUCUCCAAGUGCUAGAGUUAAAGCAAAUGUGUCUUCUUGUGAGGAGUAGGGGGACUGGUGCUGGAGCAAUGAAGGUCAGUCACACCCGGGUUUACUUGGGAGUAACAAAAAAAAAUAAAAGUCUUAACUUAAAUUGAAAACAUUGCUGUAGUCACUUACAUUCUCGCAGUCCCGUCAUUAGUGGUGGCUAGAAAUUGUGCAGCUUUUGCUGUAUCAUAGGUGGAAGGCGAGCUUGGAAAGGGGAAAGCAGUGUGAUGUUUGCAAGAAUUCACCAGCAUGCUACUGGCAGGGCUGCUUUAGAAGACAUAUGGACCUCAUGCAGAUGUGGCCUUCUUCCAGUCCUUGUUCUUAGUGUGGUCACUCCUGACUCCCCAUGGGAUCUGGCCCAUGGGUCAUAGUUUUCUGACCCCUGUUCUAGAGGAACGACCAAUACCAAGCAUUUCUGAUAAGAGGAAAAAGCAUUCUGAACCUAGUUUCUGAAAGAGGAAGUUUAACAAGGAAACAUUUAACUAACAGAAGGUUUUCAUUUGAAUGUUCACUGGUUGUUUAGGGACAACAUUUUGGGAUACAAUUUAAAGGUGAAUUUAGCUAUUAGAAAUUUUGAAGAGUAACUGCUGGUGCAUAGGUAAAUAUAAGACAUCCUGAUGGGAAGCAUGAGUAGGUGGGAAUUUAGCUGGUAAGUUGGAAGAUGGGGCUUCUUUUAGGCUAGCUGUAGGGCUUCAUCUACAAUGUAAUGUCUUCAAGGAAGCUGAGAAAAUGUCAUAUUAGAUGACUCAAUGAUAAUCUUAUAUCUGAAGGUACUUACUUAAACCUAACAUGAUUUGGUUCUAGGCUUAUCUGUUCAUGCAUGGUACGGCCUUACCCAACCAAGCUAAGUAGCACCAAGAAUUCUUUGGAAACUUGGAAAACUUGGUUGAUAAUGGUUACACAGUACAUUACAAAAUUAAGGUGUAUAAACCACAAAAUGUCAGUUUUUGAGGCUGGCUCCACAUUUUUAGCUUUAGUGACUACGGGAUCUGUCAUGUCUGGAUACUACCCGGAUGUUUAAUAGUAAGAGAUACAGGUAUGCCUCGCUUUUCGAAAGUUCGUUUUACGCCAUUUUGCUUUUAUGAAAAAAGGCGAAAAGCAGAAAUAGCAUUCAGCGUUUGUUUUGCACCAGUUGGUUAAAGAAGCAGCACGCACCCUGAGCGGUGAGAGUGGCGUCGCCAGGCUUCUUCCCCGGGAACUAUACUCAG